AGUGUGACUGGAGCUGUAAUGAGUGUAAGGGUCCUCUGCGUACUGACUGCCUGCAGUGUAUGGAGGGACAUGUUCUGCAGGACGGACUCUGUGUCCAGGGCUGCUCCUCAGGGUCCUACCAGGAUGGAGAGAGAUGCCUCAGUUGUGAUGAGCAGUGUGAGGGAUGCCAGGGCCCAGGUCAGUGUGGGCGGUGCCAGCCUCCCUAUGUAACCCUGCGGGGUCGCUGUGUGUUGGAGUGUGGAAGGAACUACUUUCUGGACUCCUCUCUACAGUUUUGUACAUCAUGCUCUGCUGACUGUGUGGAGUGUGAGGGGAUGGGUCGUUGCACCGUUUGUAGACAGGACACCUACCUAAGAGACGGAUACUGCACUCCGGACUGUGGACACGGUUUCUAUGCUGAUAAGAAGACCUGGACAUGCCAUGCUAACAGCCAGGCCCCAACCCUGCGUAUCAGUGGAUCUCUGUUGGUGCCCAUUGGGGGAACCAAACCCCUGGUCACCACCCUAAUCUCUGCCCAGGACCAAGACAGCCCUCCAGAGAGCCUGGUGUUCCAGCUGCUGCAGCCCCCCACGACAGGCUGUGUGCUUGUCCUGGAGGAAGGUAGGGAGACAGAGUUGGCCCGGGACGACACUUUCUCCUGGGCUCAGCUAGAGAGUGGACAGGUCCGCUUCACACAUGACAAGGACAAGGCCAGGAGUGGACAGUUCUCCCUGCGUGUGACUGACCCUCAGCUCUUCUCCCGACCAGAGAUGAUCCAGGUCCAGGCAGUGUCCAUGCAGGCCCCGCAGAUUCUCACUCUCAAUCCUUUGCUGCUGGACGGAGGAAAGACGUCGGUCAUCUCCAAGACCGUGCUUCAGAUUGACGACCCAGACAACCCUCAGGACGUCCUGGUCACGGUUCUGGACCCGCCCCAACAUGGCCGUCUGACCCGUCUCCACGGCGACCGGGCACUGAGCCAAUUCAAGAUGGAGGAGUUGUCACGGGAACAGGUGCAGUACCUCCACGACGGGUCGCUGGGGAAACGGGACAGGAUACUGCUACAGGUCAACGAUGGACACAGCUACCAGAACAUUCUACUGCAGAUCAACAUCACUCAGAAGGUGACCAGUGAGGGUUCUCCAGACACGCCGAGUGAUGCUCAGACCUUCACCAUCGGAGUGAUGCCUGAACUCCCAGGGUUCCCCCAGCUAGCACCUGCCUGUGACCUACAGAUGACUGCUCUGGAAGAUCGUGUGACCGUGCUAACACCCACAGAUUUGUCCUUUGUGGACUCUGAGACUCCCAGUGAAAAGCUGGUCUACAAAAUCACCGGGCCCCUACCUCAGGAACAACUUGUACAUGUAUUAGGAAGGCCCGAACACGGGAUCCAUAAUAAACUGACGUCCUCAGGUUCUGUGGAACAUCGUGACAGACCCUACAACUCAGUGUCCUUCUUCACCCAAGCUGACAUCAACCAGGGCCGGAUCCUGUACCGCCCUCCGCAGGCCCCCUCUCACCUCCAGGAGCUCUACCAAUACUCCUUCACUGUGUCAGAUGGGGAACACACUACUCCAGAGAUGGGCUUUUCCAUCCACCUGUUGGCCAGCCACCAGCAGCCCCCCGUCUUCCAGAUCAUAAAGCCUGUUCUGGAGGUCAGCAUGGGGGGGAGAACCCCUAUAGGUGGGCAGCAGCUGGCAGUAACGGAUGCAGACACAGAGUCUGAUGACUUGAGGUUUGAGGUGGUGGAAGGACCGAUCAGUGGAACACUGGUCAAGAUGGAGUUUGACUCAAGGACUGAGAUGAUGAAUGGCGACAUGUUUUCCUUCAGUGAUGUGACCCACAACGUUCUGCAGUAUGAACAUUCCGGACUCUCCACUGACGAGGACGCCAUCACCUUCGCUGUUACAGACGGCUUCUCCAUGGGGACGGCGGUGGUGCAGGUGGUUGUGUUGGGCGUCGAGGGCGACGGGCCCAGGAGAGACCCAGAGGCACUGCUGUCCAUGGAGGUUCCUGAGAACAGUAGUAGUGUCAUCAGACGCACUCACCUGGGUUAUACGAGCGACACCUCUCCAGAUGAGAAGAUACGUAUUCAGCUGGUGUCAGUUCCUAUGUACGGCAGCCUGACCAGGACAGGGUCAGACUCAGACCACCAGGACAUGACAGAGUACUCCUCUUUCACUGUGGAUGACAUCAACAAACACAGAAUCAG